CAAAUAAUUUGAGCUACUAUGAUGGCAAAGAGGCUGGUAGCAAUGAUAUGAAAUUCCUUCUGUGCUCUCCAGAUGUCCUCGCUCUCCUCCUCUGGCACUAACCAUGAAAUAUUCAUUUACGACAAUGCAGAAGAAGAGGCAGUGAAUGGUUUUGUAGCAGGACUAGCUGGCUCAGCUCUACAUGAUGAGAGUGAUGUGAACUUGUCUGGUAUUACCAGCAAGAAGAGAACUAUUCGCCUCAGUGCCAACUCUGGGUCCUACGAGGAGUCAGACUACAGGAUAUCACAGCAUCCCUCAAUAACAGAAGAGGUAACAAGUGACUCGGAUAUAAGACUUGAUGAUCAGGACUCGGAACUAUUCGAGAUGAGAGUCAGUAAUGAUUCUCAUUAUCCCGAGAGAUUCUCACUUCUGAAUCUCAGUGAGGUAUCGAAGGAAGACCCGGAAGCUACCCUGGAAGAUACUAACUGCUCCACACUUGAUGCUUCAUUAGAUCACAACACGUUAGAGGUCGUUAUAGACCAGGAUAGGGAGAGGGAAGAAGAGAGCAUGGACUCAGUUUUCUCUCCUGUACAUAGCAGCAGUUUUGGUGACUUUCAAAAGAAAAAGGAAAGCAGAUGUGGUUCAGAUUCCAGUAUCGAUAGUUUUGGAGAUUUCGACGACUCGGGACCAUGGGUAGCCCAACCUGCUGAAACAAACACUGAAGUGUCGUCAUCAGAGGAUAUGACUUCAUUCGUGACGUCAUCAUUCGUGACGUCAUCAGAAGACUUGCCACGUGACCUGAUAGCCCCCGUUACUGAGCAGUGUUACGAGCCCCUCUCCCCGACUAGUCUUAUACUACACUCUAGUCCUAAGAAAUUACUGGACAGCAACUUUGUCUGGUCUCAGGCACGGAGCAACGUGACUAAACCUUCCUACACGUGGGACAAACUAAAGCUUCACUCGUAUCUUCUAGGAGCCUUAUCUGUGAGACAGCCUAUCAGUUUGAACAGACUCAAACCUGCCGGCUCAGUGACGACCCCAAAGAAGAUGAGCUCUAAAUCAGGAAGUGUCUCUGUAACAAGCUCCUCAUCUCACUCCUCCAACAGUACCCUAGACAGUCCUGCCUCCUCAGUGUCUCCUAGUGAGGUGUCCUCUGUGUCUCCUAGUGAGGUGUCCUCUGUGUCUCCUAGUGAGGUGGAGCUGGGGGAACUGCCUGGUGCAGAAGAUAGUCUGUCAGAAGUAGAGGGUUGGAAUAGUGAUGUCUCAAGUCCUGACAUUCCGAGCAUGUCUAUUGAACAUAACAGUCGCCCUUCUUUUACCAGUCGUAUACAACAGAAGUUGACAAGUCACAGAAGAACACAUUCCUUGCCGAUGCCCGUAGUGCAACCUGUCUCUCCUGGUACCAGGUCUCUAACCAAUAGUCCCAGUACAGCGAUAAGAACAAUAACGAAGAGUAACAGUUUAGAAUCCCCGCUCUCCCCCUCCUCAUUUGAUGAGACUCACGCGGGUCGCGGACUAUCAUUACUGCAACUACCUGAUAUACAGACUAUGAGACACGAGAUGAAGAGCAGAGUGUCGGAAUUAUCAGCAACAUUGAUAAAGGAGUUCCAGUAUAGAGGAGAUGCGGAUCAUAGCAAGGAGGUUAAAAAGGCUUUUGUUAGCGCUUUCCUUGCAGCGGAAGAAAAGAAAUCAAAAGGCCAGCUGUCGAGCAGACAGAAAAAUUUGAUUCCAAUAUUUUGUAACGAAGAAAUCCCACCUACUGAAAUACUAGUCCUUCUCACCCAGUUGUUGAAUGGAUUUCUGAACGACUCGCCACAUACAGCAGAACUACUAAAGCACUACAUGUACAUGCUUUGUCGACCUUGCCUCGACAAUUAACAGGAUAACUGCUGGUGGGUCAACUAACAUGCCACACUUCCGCGGUCCUAUGAAUCUUAAUUCUCGUUAUUUAACAAAUAAGACUGGGCGAGCUGAUUGAUUCAUAUUGGAUUGCCGAAGAAACUGUAUCAGAACUUUCCUGUCAAAAAUUUAAUUUAAUUUGAUGGUUUAUAGAUAUGUUGUGAUUUUUAGAUAAUAGUGAAUGCAGGACAUCACUGAGAUGAAAAUGAAUCAGUAAAAGAUCACCAGCUGAAGCUUUGGUUACUUUUUAAGUUAAAUAACGAUACUUCGCCAGUCUACUACCAUGUAAUAAUUUAGGGCUCGUUAUGUCAGCAUAGGGUGAUGGGGGUUUGUGAAUUUGCAGGAACGCUGUUUUUUUUCUUCAUUGCACAUGAUUAUGUUAAAUUUGCUGAUAGAUGAGGAAGAGAGGGUCGAUAUGUAGUAUGCUGACGUAAUAUGUAAGCGAUCCAUUUUGAAAUUUUUAAGGAUUUCAAUUUUAUGCGUGAAAAUUUCCUUAAUUUGAUUUAAACCUAUAAAUUUGAAAACUAAGAUGGUUUUUAAGGAAAUUCGUGAACAUUUUAAUCGAUUCCGAUGGAUCAAGAUUGAUGUUUAAGUUGUUAUUAGGUUUUAAAUUAUACGUCAUACUUUCCCUGAUUGAUUUGUGUGUAAAUUUUGCAUUAAACCUUGAUACAUGUUUCUUGUUGUACGUUCAUUUGUGUUUGAUCCUAUAAAUGUAGAUAUUAAAUGUUAAUGUUUUUAUUUUCGUAUGAAAUGGUUGCUAAAUAAAAUU